GUCGCGCGCGUGUGUUGUAACAGUACAUGUGUAUACAUGUAUAUAUUCCAUCUCUCUCUCACUCUCUGCGCUCGCUGCAGCAGAGUAGAGUUCCCGAUGCGUGGAUUGCGGGCAAUGAUGAUGCUGCGAGAUAAGCGCACGCAUACGCGUUAAAUACAACACACGUGCACAUAUAUAAUCGGCCGAAAUCGGGAUACGAGCCGCGCGCGAAUCGUCAUCAAGCGAAAAGAUUUAUUUGGUGCGCACGAAGGGAUGACGAAGACGUCGAGACGAUCCGUCGCGCGAUACCCGUCGCUCAUCGCUCGCGCCUAAAAACCGAAUUUCGGUUUUUCGAGAUUUUUCUCUCACGCGAGACACUCCCACAGAUCCUCGCAAUAUACGUGAGAAUUAUCUCGGACGGAUUUGUCGCGACACAAAAAGUUUUUUUCGAGAGAUGUAAAAAAUACGAAAUCGCGUGCGUGUGUGCGCGUGUGUGUGUGUGUGUGUGUAUGCACAUUUAACAAUCGCGAUUUACAUACGAUCGUGGUUUGCAUACGGGAAAUGUGAAAUUCCACUUCGCGACGAAUAACCGUCGCGCGAACAGGAUCUUCCCGCGAGUUCUCGGGAUUAGAGAUUCAAAUUUUGUGAAAACCCGCCGACGAGUUGAUAUGAUAUUCGUGGAUAUACUCAACGUCGCGAAAAUACAAUUACGUUUCGUAUUCGAAUUUAAAUAUAUCGCGUGAAUCCCGAGAUAAGUAGAGACGAGAAGAAAUGGGGCGCCGCGGCGUUACCGGUUCGGUGACGAUGACGAUGACGACGACGACGAUGACGACGAUGACGACGACGACGACGACGACGACGACGAUGAUGAUGAUGAUGUCCGAAGAGAGAUGACUGUAUUACCAUUGCCGAGCUAUUGAGGAGGAGGAGCGAUAAGCUUAUUACCAGCCUGCUGAAGCGAGAUUGAUCUCGCGUAAAAAUAGCUGGCGCACGCGGCAAAAAAAGGAUCACGUGGCAGGAAUGCGCGCAAAGUGCACUUUGCGACAACGGCGACUGUUAUUACAUCGACGCGCGAUGCCGCGACUGUCAAGAUCGCGUAUGUUGUAAUACGAUCUACGGGGGGAUGAGAGUCCCGACGACGACGACGACGGUGAGUCUUGCGUAUCGCGUGCCUUCCGCCCCCCGCCUCUGCGGAAAUGUUCGCGGGGAUUGUCGUUGUAUCGGGUGAUGACGAUUGUCGGCGAGCGAAUUGUCCCAAACAAGAUUAGAUGAUGACGGAUUCCCCGACACCAUCGACCAGCAAGCAUCACGACGACAAAUGCGACAAGCCCGAGAAAUCGGACAAGAACGUGUUACUGCAAAUACAGGAGAUAAACAGCCAGGUGGCACAAUUUCGAGAUUUACUUAUUAACAUCGGACAGCCGCGCGACUCGCCGGAGUUGCGAGAGAAAAUACGAAAGCUGCGUCGCAACUGUGUGGAAGCUUGCAAGAGCACCUCUCAAUUAGUACUGCCACAUGUACAGAGCGCGAUGGACGUUGGGAUCCCGGUGGACAGCCCGAAUCUGGUAUUGUUGUUUUACGUGGCGCAACUCUUUUUGCGCGAACUGCAUAAGAGUAAAAAUCUCAUACAAAUCGUACCCAUGGAUAUGUCCGGAUAUUACGAGAGCCGCGCCGGUCCCUCGUAUAUUGGCAAUGUGGUCUCGCAGAUUCUCUUGUGCAAACAGAUUAGGCCGGAUUUCAACGAGGAAGAACUCUGCAGCAUCCGAAAGGAUUCCGAGGAGAUCGGCCAGCUGAUAGCGGAGCUGCAGGAAUUUAUGCCCCAAUCCGAGGCUGACACGGAAAAGUCCAUGGCGCUUCACAAUCCCGGAAACAAAAUCAGUCGAACCAACGGAAGUCGGAGGAUGCACCGGUGGAGCAACAACGCAGACCAACAAUCGUCCUAUUUCCGCAGCGGCUUCAAAUUUUUAUGCUGCGCCGCCGGCACGAAUUAUGUUUAAUUAAUGUAUUUCCAAUUUCCGUUCUGUAAUUUCUGCAAAAAUAUGCAAUAAUUUUAAUUACAUGAAUAAUUAAUAUCGAUAUUUUUAGAUAUGAUACAAAAAAAAAAAAAAAAGUUUCUACUCUCAUUCGUGGCGAUACGUUACUAAUUAUUAUCGUGUGAGUUUUUUCGACCGUGAGUUUUUAACAAAAGUGAUUUUAAGAGAGACAUGUCGAGGCCUAAUCGAAGCCUAAACUUGUCCUAUUUAGAAAUAUCUUUGAAACACAAAAGUUUGUUUUCUAUAACUUACAACUGGUGACAAUCAAAAAAAUAGGAACUCAAAGAAUGAACUUGACUCACUCCUGUUUUUUUUUUUUUUUUUUAAAGAAAAUUCUUUUUUGUUUUCGCAAAGAUUGACCGUUCUAUUGAACUUUCGAGUUACGGAAAAUCUAGUUCCACAAGGAAAUCGCUUUUACUCAAAUCUCUAUCAAGACCGUUGCACCUAUUCUACCUUAAAAUUAUAUUCCGAUGUAAUUCAAAAUCUCUCGUUAUUAAAUAAACAUUAGCGUGUUACUUCUCUUGAUUUACAUCAUUCGCAUUUGCGAAUUAACCGAUCGAAGUGUUGUAGUUGACGAUGAUGAGGAUUGUAAUCAAAAACACUGGCACACAAUAGUUCGAAUAACCAAAAUUAAACUUCUUCUGCGAGAUCUAGAAAAAUUUAAUCAUAUAUAUAUAUAUAUAUAUAUUUAAAUACCAUUAUCAACAUAGAGAGAAAAACGUCAAUAUAAAUAUAAUAAGAAACGGUAGAUGCACGUUGUGACAAGCAAUUAAAUUAAAUUCUAGAGUAUCUUGAACAAUUGAGUGGACCAAUUUCGAUCUAAUUUAUUAAACGCGCGUUGUGCAAACGUGUUUUAUAUGCAAUACGUGUGUGUAUUUGUAUGUAAAACAAUUUCGGCACACACACACGCGCGUUCUCUAUUUUUGUGUACAUAUAUAAAUGUAUAUGUAUAGAGAAGAUUGUACUCUAUCUGCGAAUUACGCGUUUACGCACACAAUACGACGACUUCAUACUUACACGAACGCAUGUAAACCGAAAGACGGAAAAACUAUGUAUCUUGUUCUCUUUUGUUUUCCGAUCGAGAGACACACAUAUAUAUUGCACGUAAGAUAUUAUAUAUAUAUAUAAUAUAUACAUAUCAAUUGUGAUAUUUUUGCGAGAAAAACAAUGAAUGAUCCGAUCGUCUCUUAUCUCUUACGAAAACUUUAUCGUCAACUUUCCGAAAAUAUGUAUCCGAAAGGUCAAUCUACGAAUUAUAGAAAAAUUUUAGCGCAAUUAGACAUUAUAUAUAUACAUAUAUAUUUACAACUCUCGUAUUACGUCGUAUGUAUAUAGAAAUAGUACACUCGAAGUUGACGACUUCUCAAGGAACAAUAACGUUAAAAAAAAAAAAAACCGCAUAGUAUUCUUUUUUUUUUCAAUAAUUUUAGAAUUCACGACAAUUAUACAUCGCCGAUUCGUCGUAUCAUAAGAAGGGGACCGAACUACAUACCAUUUGUUUAUUUCCUCGCUCCGAUGACAAAAAAUCUAUCUAGUGCGAUCGUUAAUUUAGCGAACAGUAGGAUUUAGCGAAGAAAGUCAGACAAGUCACGAGAAAUUUCUAAAAACGUACAACAAGUGACGAAUUGAAAUCAAAAAAAAAGAUAUGAGAUAUAUAUAUAUAUGCUACACAUAG